AGCGCCGCCGGCGAGGCGGGGCGGAGGCACGAUGAAGAUGACAGUGGAUUUCGAGGAGUGUCUGAAGGACUCGCCCCGCUUCAGGGCAGCAUUGGAAGAAGUAGAAGGAGAUGUGGCAGAAUUGGAACUAAAACUUGAUAAGCUUGUGAAGCUCUGCAUUGCGAUGAUUGAUACCGGAAAAGCCUUUUGUGUUGCAAAUAAACAGUUCAUGAAUGGGAUUCGAGACCUGGCGCAGUAUUCCAGUAAUGAUGCUGUGGUUGAGACAAGUUUGACCAAGUUUUCUGACAGUCUUCAAGAAAUGAUAAAUUUUCACACAUUUCGAUCAAGAAAGUUUUAUGAAAAACUCACGAAAGUCUUAUAUUUCAGAGAUCUUAGAAAAUUCAAAGAUGCCAAGAAACAAUUUGAAAAAGUCAGCGAGGAAAAAGAAAACGCAUUAGUAAAAAAUGCUCAAGUACAAAGAAACAAGCAGCACGAAGUUGAAGAAGCCACAAACAUUCUGACGGCAACAAGAAAAUGCUUUCGACACAUAGCUCUUGACUACGUUCUUCAGAUUAAUGUUCUUCAAUCAAAACGGAGAUCAGAAAUCCUAAAAUCAAUGUUAUCCUUUAUGUAUGCACAUUUGGCCUUCUUUCAUCAAGGAUAUGAUUUGUUUAGUGAACUUGGGCCGUACAUGAAGGAUCUUGGUGUACAGUUGGAUCGACUAGUUGUAGAUGCAGCAAAAGAGAAAAGAGAGAUGGAGCAAAAACAUUCCACCAUUCAACAAAAGGAUUUCUCCAGUGAUGAUUCUAAGCUAGAGUAUAAUGUAGAUGCCGCAAAUGGCAUUGUUAUGGAAGGAUAUCUAUUCAAACGAGCCAGCAAUGCCUUCAAAACUUGGAACAGACGCUGGUUUUCAAUACAGAACAAUCAGUUGGUUUACCAGAAAAAGUUUAAGGAUAACCCCACUGUGGUAGUUGAAGAUCUUAGGCUGUGCACAGUGAAGCACUGUGAAGACAUAGAGCGAAGAUUUUGCUUCGAGGUGGUCUCCCCAACAAAAAGCUGUAUGCUCCAGGCAGAUUCUGAAAAGCUGCGCCAGGCAUGGAUUAAGGCUGUUCAGACCAGUAUUGCCACGGCUUAUAGAGAGAAGGGGGAUGAGUCAGAGAAGCUGGAUAAGAAGUCAUCUUCAUCCACAGGAAGCCUAGAAUCUGGGAGUGAGUCAAAAGAAAAAUUGCUGAAAGGAGAGAGUGCAUUGCAGCGAGUCCAGUGUAUCCCUGGCAAUGCCAGCUGUUGUGACUGUGGUCUGGCGGACCCCCGGUGGGCCAGCAUCAACCUGGGAAUUACCCUGUGCAUCGAGUGCUCUGGGAUUCACCGGAGUCUUGGAGUUCAUUUUUCAAAAGUCCGAUCUUUAACUUUAGAUACUUGGGAACCUGAACUUUUAAAGCUUAUGUGUGAGUUGGGGAAUGAUGUUAUAAAUCGAGUUUAUGAAGCUAAAGUGGAAAAAAUGGGGAUAAAGAAGCCACAACCAGGACAGAGACAGGAAAAAGAGGCAUAUAUCAGAGCAAAAUAUGUGGAGAGGAAAUUUGUGGACAAAUACUCUGUGUCAUCAUCACCUCCCGAGCAGCAAAAACACACUGUCUCCAAAAGCUCCGAGGAAAAGAGGCUGAGCAUUUCCAAACUGGGGCCAGGAGACCAAGUCAGAGUCGCCGCCCAAAGCGCAGUCAAAAGUAAUGACAGUGGAAUCCAACAGAGCUCUGACGAUGGAAGAGAGUCUCUACCAUCCAUGGUGUCAGCCAAUAGUUUAUAUGAGUCGGAAGGAGAAAGGCAGGAUUCUUCUGUGUAUCUUGAUUCUCAACAUCUUAAUCCAGGACUUCAGCUCUAUAGGGCGUCAUAUGAAAAAAACCUUCCGAAAAUGGCUGAGGCCUUGGCGCAUGGCGCAGAUGUCAACUGGGCCAAUGUGGAGGAAAACAAAGCAACACCGCUGAUGCAGGCCGUGUUAGGGGGUUCUUUGGUGACCUGCGAGUUCCUCCUGCAGAACGGUGCGAAUGUGAACCAAAGAGAUGUGCAAGGGCGAGGACCACUGCACCACGCCACUGUCUUGGGGCACACGGGGCAGGUGUGUUUAUUUUUAAAGCGAGGUGCCAAUCAACAUGCCACUGAUGAAGAAGGGAAAGAUCCUUUGAGUAUAGCCGUGGAAGCAGCCAAUGCUGACAUAGUAACCUUGUUACGGUUAGCAAGAAUGAAUGAAGAGAUGCGGGAAUCAGAAGGACUUUAUGGACAGCCAGGUGAUGAAACAUACCAAGACAUUUUUCGUGAUUUUUCCCAAAUGGCAUCCAAUAAUCCAGAGAAACUAAAUCGUUUCCAGCAAGAUUCACAGAAAUUCUAAAUUUUUCUUUGAGAAGGAGACCAUAUUAAAUCUGAUGACCCCAUAAUAUGUACAGCUGAAAACUCAAGAUUUUUUACUGGUUUAAGUCUACUUAAUUUUAGUAGAUAUUGAGUAGUUUUGAAAAAGGUGCCUAUUCAUCGUUAUUUUUAUGAAUUAAAAUAUAGAUCUCUAGUAGGAGAGGAACCUUCUUUAAGACCUUUUUCUUUUUUUAAAAGCAAAAGCCUGUUUAAUAGGCUGUCUUGUAUAGAUGAAAGUAAAGUUUAGACUUAAACCGUCUCUAGGUUAGUGCUAAGGGGUUAGACAAAAUCCCGUUUUCAUCGUGGAUUGUAGCCUUGGUUUCUCCGUGCAUCAUGCCCAGGAUCAUUCAGUCAAGCACGUGCGCACUGAAUGGAAGGCAUUUGUCUUGCCUGCCUCAAGAUUAUGCUUUGUAGCUUUCCAGUGAUUUUUCGUGGUUCAGAAUUAGUGUGCUUUUGGAUGGUGGUAUUAUUUUUCAUAGAUUACCUAUCAUACCCACAAAUAUAUGAUUGAUUUAUUGGAAAUAGAUAAUACGUGCCCCCCCCAUUUGCUCAUAAAUAAUUGUGCACAUGUCAAGUAAUUGUCCUGUAUUUCAGUGUCUAUAUAAAGGCUGUACAGGUAGACACAGUUCAGUCCUUUCAACUUAUUCAGUUUUAUGAAGAGAAACCGUAAAACAUUGGACCCGCACAUACACAGACUCAGUGGUAGCUCUUCAUUUUGGGCUGAUUUCAUGAAACAUGGCCACAUUUAUGGAGAUAAUAGAACUGUAUUUCCAAGGUUACUUGAAUAUUGCAAAAACUAUGCUUACAUCAAAAUGUUGCUUUUAUAGAAAAGUUGAUUUAUAACAUAAUACAGGACAUUUUUGUGUUUGAAAUUCAAACUUUCCAAGGUACAUUUUUGCUCUUGCUCUUACUGAAAGAAAGGUCUGUCUAAAAGAAGAAAAAUCAGAUUUUUAUUAGUUUAUACAGCAACUAAUUUGCUUUUUGAAUUCUUCAUCUCUCAUGUGUUGCACACAAUGUACAUCUUUAUACCAUUUUUGUAGCCUUAGUAUUUGGUUAUGUACAUCACAGUCACUUUAAUUUCAACACAUUUUGAGAAUAUGUAGUUACUUUAUCUAAUUUCAGCUUUGCUUGUUGUGUCAGAGAUAUAGGAUAAUUAAAUAAUUUGCCUUACGUUCAUUUUUAGUGUAAUCAUUCAAUAUAGUUAAGCUUAAUCUUCUUUACAAAUUUAUGUGCAUAUUACUACAUAGUCUGUCUAGUAAGAUUUUAAAACUCGGGUUAUCAAAUAAAUGGAGAAAUUAUUUUUAAUUGGUAGAUAAUAAGUAUUCUAACAGUUUCCUCUACAAACUUAGGUUUUUAUACAUUGACUAAAUAUAAAGUCAGAAUCUAAACAGGAAUAAUUUGGCUAAAAUGUAUGCAUACAAUGCUUAUUUAGUAAUAGUCACUCUAUAUUAGAAUAAGGAGAUGCCUACAACACCCAUAUUUGUGAAUUAUCUUUAAGGAAAGGCUUAUUCUAAGCAUUGCAUUUUAAUAACAAAACAGGGUCAUUCAGUCUUUCCUGUUUUACAGUAGAAUCACAAAUCACUUGCUUUUUAAGGUACUGUACCUAAAGGCAACAACAACAAAAGAACUCUGAUUUGUAACAUUUUUAUUAGAAUGUACUUUGAAAUUUAUUUUCUGAAGAGGCUCAAGGCUAAAAAACUGUCAAAACACAUUUACAAGAUAAAUAGAAAAAGAAAGAGGAAAGACAAGCACCUGGCUCUGCCCUUGUGCUGCCCCGCUGCUUCACCCAAGGACCUGCUCUGAGGAGGCCCAUGUCUCCUUCCUUUGGGACCCAGCCAGUGGUGCUUCAGACCCGCCCAGGGCUCUCGGCGUGCUCAGCCGGGGCACCGCGUGGUUAACGUGGCAGUAAUCAGUGUCGAAUGGCUAGCAGUGCUUUUGGACUUGCACUCAAGAGGAUCAUGGCUUUUUCUAAGGCUUGAUUUUUUUCUCUAAACUACCGAGACUCCUGUGGCAGAAAUAAUGGAAUAAACCGAGACUUUGAAGUAAAUGAAGAGUUACAGAGUAGUUACAAAGUAGGUUGGCUUUUAAGUAAAGUUAACUGUGCCAACCAAUAAUAGUAUCCAUUGUAUAGCAUGUAACAAAUCCGUGUUUUCUUAGGCUGUGAAGUAGUCCAUGCAUUGUGAAACAUUAUAACGUAAACAAUGUUAAUAAUACUCUUGAACUUCAGAAGUCAGCGGGGUUCACCACUACCACCACCGCCCCUUCCAUAGCUAGUCUACGAAUAAUGGUUUCUGAUUCCUUGUAAUAUCUCUGUUAACUAGUGUCUUAAAGAAAGUAGGUGAUCACAAUAAGGAUAGCAGUGCUACUGAGCAAGAGUUCAUAAAAUACUGUUUCCUGUUAUUACUUGGAAUGCUUCAUCGCUACACCACUUACAAGUUUUUAAAAAUGAUCCUUGGUAGAAUCCUUAGAAAUGCCGAGACUUCCAGGGAUUCACUACAGUGUUUGCCUACCUAAUUUUACCUGUCUCCAUUGUAGAUUGUAAUGAACUUAAAUGUUUACAUUUUUAGACCUGUCGAUUUAAUUUGGAAUAUAUACUUUAGUUCAUCGUGGAUGUAUUUUGGGAGGAAAAUGUUUUAUACUUUCAUAGUCAAGACAACUUACAUUUUUGAUCUGUUAAGCAAUAUUUUAAAAAUAGAACUUCACAGAUGUAAAGUAUGGUCAUAAUAAACCAAUUCGCAUUUAAGACUUGAUUACCUAUUUUGAGUAAUAAGACAUUCCACAAACACUCUUACAUUGUCAAGGUAACUUCUGUUUGAUAGUGCUUUCCACCAUGGACGUGACCUAGGAAAAUGACGUAUUUUUAUAGAAUUUUACACCAAGCUUUGCGCCUCUUGUUUUACAAAUUCAAUUUGCUACUUGGUGGCAGAAAUGACACCCAAACCCAAGUCUGACUGUUCUCGUUUUGUGAAUUGGUUUGAAAUCAUCAUGAAGCACCACAAUCUGAUAAUGACCUCAAGCUUUCCUUGUGUUCUGAUGACAAAGCCUCCACACAGUCUGGAGGACUCUGAUAUGUAUUACUACCUUCAUGGAAAAGAUUGGGAUUUGAAGACAUUCCUCAACCCUCCGCCCCCCAAAUUCGGUAACCACCACCGACAAAAGUAAAACAUUAUAUAGGUAAUUCUAGUUCACCAGAGUCUUACCAAUUCUUUGAUGCUUCCAAAUGAGAGAUAAUUAAAAGAUUGAGUUUAGCUGAAACCUGACAUCUGUAACAAGGGUUUUGCUGACAUAGUUUUUGGUGCACGUAAUUUUAUCCAUAUCAUAUGGACUAAUGGCAAAAAAGCAAUAAUAUUAAGCUUUUCACUCUUACAUUCUAGAUUUAAAAAAAUUUUUUUUAUUGUUCUUCAAUCCUCUCUUCUGAGUGUCCAUUUUAAACAAGGAAAGCUUGCACCAUUACAAAGAUUGCCGGCACCGUUUAUUUUACACAAAAGCCAAAAGUUGACUUUUUGAAAUGAUGAACUACUUUUCUUUGUGUUUACCUGAGUGUUUUGUGAUAUUCUGGGUCAUUCCAGUCAUGAAGAUGUAUUACAUGUAAUAUUUCUUGCUACCUGUGAAAAGGUAUAUUUUAAAGAAUGUAUAACCAACACUCCAUUUACUUUUUAAUUAGUCUGUAGAGGAUUUGUAUCUAAUACAUGUACGUAGUUUUCUUGUAGUACAUCAUUGUAAAUGGAGCAAAGUACAUUAUCUUUAUAGUUAUUCUAAAAUGUACAUUAUGUAAGAAAUGUAAAUAUGAUACUUGAUUAAACACUUUGCUGAAAAUUAUAAGUCAAUAAAAAAUCUCACCUGG